CAACUUCAUGUUCUACUUCUUCGUAACGGAUUUCUGCGGUGGAAGCCUCGUGUUCGAUCAUUAAUUUUAAAUUAUAAUCUUCUGUUGCAGUAGAACGUAUUUAAACUUCUAAUUAAGAAUUUGUGAUACAAAAUAUGACGCAGCGAAAAAAAAGAUCUCGAUCAAAUGAAACAGUUGGAUUAUGGAUUCAAUGUUGUGAAGAAAAUUGUAAAAAAUGGAGAUUUGUGAAAGAAUACAAUGAUCCGCUCUCUGUACCUGAAAAAUGGUUCUGUUCAGAAAAUUUUGAUGAAAAUUUUGCAUCCUGUGAUAUACCGGAGGAAAAAACGGAAAAUAAUUUGGUAGAGAGCAAAUACGUUCCUGGAAAUAUUGUUUGGGCUAAAUUGACCGGUUAUCCAUGGUGGCCUGCAAUAAUUGACAAUUGUCCAGUGAAAAACACUUUCUAUGAACUUGGCAACACUUCCGAUAUUCCGCUUAGGUAUCACGUGACUUUUAUCGAAGAAGGUGAAGUACAUCGUUCGUGGAUGAAGUCCGCAAAAAUCAAACCUUUCAAUAAAGAUGAUGGCAAUCAACCAAAGAGGGCAAAGCAUUCUGAUUCAGAGUCAUUACAAAAAUCUCUGGAAAUAGCGAAAUCGGCAUUAUCCUUAGAUAAUGAUAAAAGAUUAAAAAUGUGCAGUUUUUCACUUCGACACGACGAAUUAAAUGAUAUACCCAAAAGAAGAAAAUUGAACGUAAAAUAUAUAAAUUCCAAUAGUAAACAAAAUGAAAUAAAAAUAGAUUCUCCUCAAAAUAGAAAAAUCAUAAACAGUAAUUUAAAUUUUGAAACCACAUCUACUAUAGUGUCGUUAAUUAAUCUUCCACGACAAUUUUGUGUUAUUCAAUAAUUUUGAUUUUAAUUUUAAUUUUUAUUGACAAUUUUGUUCAUAAAAAAUAAUAAUUUCAUUUUAAAUAGAUUUAAAUGAAUUUUUAACAAUUUUAAAGAACAAAUAGAAAAUGAUUCAAUAUUUAAUAAUUAAUUUAUCGGUAAGGAAGAUUUUUCUUAUUUAAUUAUCAAUUUUUCUGUAGAGUGGCAGCACUAUUCAGAUUUUAAUU